GCCUGUCAGCUGUCAAAUUUUCACAUUCUGCCAUUUCGGACCGAUUGCAAUUGUACUGCGCCAGAAAAUCGUCUAUUUUUCUGUAUCGCCGCAAACUCGUUUCCCGCAGAAUCCGAAAUGGCUGAUCUUGGUGCUCCAGUCCGCGUAUCCCCACUGAUCCGGUUUGGCCGUUGGUCGUUCCUGGUCGUCGGAGUUGCCUACGGUGCGUACCAUCAGCAGCGCCUGGCUAAGCGUGAGGUUGGCAUUCGCGAAAUCGAAGCACAACAGAAGGUUAUCCGUGACGCUAAGCUGGCCGAGGAGAAGAAGCGAAACCAGGAAGCCGAAGCUAAGGCCAUCGCUGAGCUGUCCAUGCCGACCAAGAAGUAAACAGCGAAAGGAUGAAUCUGCUUCCAUUCUAAGGCACGUACCAUCUUGUGUCCUGUGUUAAUGCUGCAGUACUGGGAUGAUGAAUAAAUUCUUUCAUAGGAAGUAAAACAAACAA